GAACAGCUGUUUGAGAACAGCAAUCAAUUUGUGCAGCAGAAUAAAAACAACGUGCGUUGAAAUAACUUUGAAAAGCGCAACACUUAAACCAUAAAUUAAAAUAUCUAAAAAUGGCUAAGCGAAAUAUACGAGCAAAGGCUAAAAGUGCUGUUGGAGCUGUCAAGCAGAAGACGCAGGAAGUGCAGGCGAAGCUGAAGAAAGCAGCGCGUCAGGAGGAAAUGCUGCACAAGACCUUGACACCAAAGAAGACAACAACAAAAAAGGAAAAAUCAGCACAAAAGCACACAAAAUUAUUAAAACGAUUUGUGGAAAUCAAAAAGGAAAUCAAGGAGGAGAACGCACGCAAGAAUCGACAGAAGACCAAGGUCAUUGGCGAUUUGCAGCCCCUGCGCGAUGCUCUCCCCUCUUUGGGGGACAUCUACAACCUGGUGAAGAGUCGGAAAAAGGAAUCUGCGGAGGAGAGCGCAACGAUAGUGCAAGAGACACUGAGUGCCAAGAAGAAGAUCAAAAAGAAACGUACCGAAUAUGUAAACAAAGUAAAAUCCUUUGAGAAAGUCAUCAAGGAUAAGAAUUUCAAAAAGAAUCCUCGAGAAGUGAUUGGGAAUCAUUUGCGCAACAAGUAUCAGGCAAUGGAUGAGGAUGACGUCGAGUAGAAUAAUAAAUAAAUAUAAUCUAAUAAUCAUAUAAAAAAA